CCCCACCAGAUAAAACCCUUUUCUAUUCACUGCCUAGCUCUCAUCAUUCUCUCUCGAAACCCAAAAAAAUGCCAUCGCAAUCCAGCGACAGGCGACCCCAAAACAACUUGGGGUUACAGCCACCGCCGAAGCUGGCUGAGCCACUCCCUUGCCCAAGGUGCCAGUCCACAAACACCAAGUUCUGCUACUACAACAACUACAAUCUCUCCCAGCCUCGCCAUUUCUGCAAGUCAUGCCGCCGCUACUGGACUCACGGUGGUACACUUCGAAACGUUCCCGUUGGCGGUGGGACACGCAAGAACUCCAAACGCUCUCGUUCCUCCUCUUCUCCCAACUCCACUUCUUCUUCCACUAGUACCUCAACUUCCACUUUGUCCACUGUGAUUCAUGAGCCUGAGUCCUUGCCUGUGCUCGCUAAUCUUGACUCGGCGUUACCCUUGUUAAAGGUCGAGUUUUCGGAUAAUCUGAAUCUGAAUGAGAAUCUUCCUGUAAGCGAGAAUGGAAACUUCAUCUCGCUUCUGAACUCGCAAAAGGGACCAGGGUUCAUGGGGAUGGUAGGUUACGAGUCGGGUUUUGGAUACGGAUUGUGCGAAUUGGGGCAUGGGUUUGGGGGUAGAGGGACUUGGCCAUUUUCUGGCCUGGGGUAUGUGAAUGGAGGUGGUACUUCUGGGUGCAACACGUGGCAGGUGGAUGAUGUUGAAGGAGGAGGUGGGUUGGUGGAUGAAGAUUGCUUUUCUUGGCCUGGUCUAGCAAUUUCCACUGCAGGCAAAAGUUUGAAGUGACUGUCUAUUUUCCCAUAUCGAAGCAAAGGUUUUCUUUGAACGCUUUUCCCUUUGUGGGUGGGGCUUUUGGAUGUUGUGUUUUAGCUUUAUUGCAGGCUCUGUUUUAGUUUCAGUUGUCCUUUUCCUUUUGGGUUCGUAUAGAUAGGAUGAUAUGGUAUAGAAUAUGACUGGGAUCAAAAGUCUCCUGGUUAGGUCGUGGUUUCUCUGUUCUAAUGGCUCUGUAAAGCUUUUUGGAUCUUUUCUUGAACAAAUCCAUGGAAUGGAAAAAGAAAAAAAAUUUACAUUUUCUGGUGGA